GAGAGAGAGAGAGAGAGAGAGAGAUAGAGCGACGGUGCUUGCCUCAUGAAUGAGUCUCUCUCCCUCCACUGCACCGCAGGUCGGACUCUGACCCUUCCUCCGCCCGCACCUUGGUCCCUGAUGCCCGUGUGUGAGCGCAGACAGGCGGGGACGAGUCCCGCUGAUGAGCCCGGACACUAAACAUUUCCUAUCCGUUCUACAUGAGCCUUUCAUCCCGUUAGCAACAACAGGACAGCAACGAUGCUCGAUGGACUCAGGAGGAGGCAUGGCUCCCGGUCCUCCCCCCGACCCCUGUCCCUCAACUUCAGCACCUUUUCUGCUCCUCCCCCGAGCCCGGACAUGGACGGCAGCAGUGAGCAUCCAAUCAGGAGGACCCUGCACCGGCUGAAGUUGAUGAGCUCCCCCAGCCUCAGUGAGCUGGGCAAGAGUGACAAAGGUUCUCCUGAGGACAGAGGGGAGAAGCAGAAGAGGGCGGGCGCCAACGCCACCUGGAACAGCAUCCACAACGCUGUCAUCGCAGUCUUCCAGAAGAAAGGUUUGGCCGACAAUGAACUCUUCGUCCUCAAUGAAGGCGUUCGACAUCUGUUGAAGACUGAGCUGGGGUCAUUCUUCACAGAAUACCUUCAGAACCAGUUGUUGACAAAAGGCAUGGUUAUCCUCCGGGACAAAAUAAGGUUCUAUGAAGGUCAGAAGUUGCUGGACUCUCUGGCAGAGACGUGGGACUUCUUCUUCUGUGAUGUUCUCUCCAUGCUGCAGGCCAUCUUCUAUCCUGUUCAGGGGAAGGAGCCCUCUGUGCGACAGCUGGCUCUGCUUCACUUCAGGAACACCAUCGUCUUAAGUGUAAAGUUAGAGGACGCCCUGUCUCGACCCCGGGCUCGUGUGCCUCCCUCUGUCACACAGAUGCUGCUUAUUCUACAGGGGGUCCACGAGUCACGUGGUGUGAAUGAGGACUACCUGAGGCUGGAGUCUCUGGUUCAGAAGGUGGUCUCACCGUACCUGGGCACUCACGGCCUUUACUCUGGAGAUGGUGAAGAGGCACAAUGCUGUGUUCUGGAGAAGCGUUUACAAUGGGGCUGGCCCAAGUCUGCGGAUCAACCGUCUAAAAACCCUGUGGUACGAUCGAAGAGCUACAAUAUCCCCCUUCUCUUGACCCCGGUGGCUGAGUAUGACCCAGAUGCCAGCUCUGUUGGCAGUGGGGGAAUUCGCCGGCACUCAGCCUGUGAGAUUAUAUCAUGCUUGGAGGAACAAGGACUGGCUUACACUGACCUGGCGCCAGGACCUGAACUGACUAGCUCCUCUGCCAACAGGCUGUGUGUGGGCUCUCAGUUCAAUGGUAUUGUGCAAGCAGGAGCCGGUGCCAUGGCCUUGCCUCUUUUGUCUCCCUCCAUCCUUCCUCUCCAUUCCUCAGGAGCUCUCCAUGGCACUGAGGCCACAACAACAAUGACUGAUCUCAGUAAGGGUGCAUCCUCCUCACCGCCCAGUGAAUCAUCCAGCCCUGAAACUAUAAUUGGACAAGUGCUCGAGUCUGUAGACUCCGACUCAGAUGGGAUAUUUAUUGAUUUCCCCUCGCACUCAUCAGAGGCCAUGGGGUACAGUCGUGAAAGCAGGCAGAGCAUCGUGUAGCUUUAGGCGCCUUUAGGAGUUCACCCAGUGCAUACGACAAUAAUGUGCGGACUAAGAUUCAAGACAUUGUUAAAGGUCCAGCGUGUAAGAAUUAGUGACAUCUAAUGGUGAGACGUCAGAUUGUAACAAAACUUCCUUUCCCAAACACAUCAGGGAACUACCGUGGCCUUCGCAUAGCAGAAAGGAUUUUGUUCUUCUUCUUUUGUAUAAUAAGCUUCUACUUCAAAAUUUGCGAGGCACACUGACUAGUUUGUCCAUUCAGGCUGCUGUAUUAUAGAAAACACACAAGAUGGCGGCCUAUGUAAAGACAAGCCUAAUGUAAAUAAUGAUUCUAAGGUUACGAAAAAACUUUUUUUUUUCUAAUUAUUUGAAACCAUUUAUACUCUUACACAUUAACUCAUGGGUAGUGUAGUCAUUUUCUACCAAUUAGCACUAAAUGUUACACCCUGGACCUUUGGAACUACACUUUAGUUAAAUGAGCAUCUUCCUUUCUGGCUGUAGUUCAAACAUUUCAAGUGCUGUCACUGGUGAGUGAACACCUUGUAACUUUAAAAUGUCCAUCCGUCCAUCAUCUACCACUUUAUCCUCCACAUGAAGGUCACUGCUGAGGCUGCUGGAGCCAAUCGCAGAUGACAUAGGGCAAAAGGCGGGGUACACCCUGGACAGCUCACCAGUACUUUAAAUACACAAGAAUCUAACCGACAAAGAAAACGACUUAAAAACACAUAAUCAGGUAUCCCUCACUUCCAUGAACAUAUGUGUUCUAGUCACGAGUUAGUCACAACAUACACACUGCUGCUGUGAUAUAUAAUCACAUGUACAUAAACAUGCAUAAUUAUUGGCAAAACAGGUGUCUAGAACUGUUGUUACUAAAUAAUUUAGCUUUAAAAAAAAUUAACUGCUGUAUAUUUGUGACAUGUUUUCGGGGUAUUUUCUGUAGAAAUAGUUGCACUUGGAGCUGAGAGCCAUGGAUGAGCUAGAUGAGUGUUUUUUGGUCUUUUCAUGGUACUUUAUUCUUUUUUUUUCAAAUCCUUCCAUUAAGACCAAAUGUAAGGAAAAAAAACAAAGUUACAAGGUUUUCACACAACAGGAGAUACUGUAGAUGGAUGAUAUAGCUGCCAUUCAAAUAGGAAAAAGUCUGAAACAUUAUGUUUUGGCAAUAACACAGGAAUGAAGACCUCUGCUCUCACUUUUGUACGAUGUCUAAACAAAUGUCGGCACUCAGACGUCUAAUGCAAAAUUCUCUUCUUAAGUCGAAACAUCAGUGUGACAGCAUUUGCUUUUCCGUAUUAGUUUUUGUACAGCAGGAGUUGAUAAAUAUGCCGAUGUUUAUUGUUUACAGUUGACAAAGACAUGAAUAUUUUGACUGAAUGUUGUCUUACACUGUAUUUUGCACCACCACUACCUUGUAAAUAGAAGUGCAUUGUUGGUUUUUGGCUAGUAAGUGUAAAGUGAGCUUUUACCUUGAAUGGAGAUUGGAAUGAUAAGGGCUUUUUAACUGAAUCUUUUUCAAAUGAUGUUUUACCUCAAGCGUUUUGUACUUUACUUUUUUGACAAUCUAUGAUGUGUACGGAGUUGUACUUUGUAUUAAUUUGUUAUACUAGCCCAGUAAAAAAAAUAAAUAAACACAUUUUAGUAACAUUUAAAA